AUGAAUACAAUCCUAUUAUCAUUACUUGCAUCAUUCCCUCUGCUCUUUGCACUAUACCUUGGCCGUCUGGAAUAUGAACCGCAUUAUCCGGCACCGUAUCUGACAUGCCCACCAGGGGAUCGAAACGGAGUAUUUCUUUGCACGUAUAUAAAUGUAAGGAAUUGCCGGAUGUCUGAUAUCAGGUUCAAUUUUGCAAGCGAAUUUCCCAGGACUGAAGAAAAUGUUAAUAAAAGUCAUAUGACUUAUAUGGUGUAUCAUAUGAUACCCAAAAGUAUCAGAGGUGAACUUCCGGAGCGGCAAGAAAUUAACAGUUCAAGACUUAUACGUGGAUUUAUACACCUCUGCUACAUCAUCGAUGAGAACUGUCCUUACGUGAGAAUAAUAAAUUAUGAAAUGAGAAGACAGUGCAAGUCAAGGAUCAAUACUGAGAUGCUAGCAGAGAGAUUAAUGAGGUUUAAUUAUACUCUUGUUAAAAGAAGAAAUGCGUUAAUCAGUAAUAGAAAAGAGUCUCCUGAUUCCGGAGGAAAGCCUGGUACGGUAGCGCCAGGUAGGACGGGGUUGCAGGAGUCAUGUAGGCUACCAAAACGGAAAAGGACUAGGAUGGCGAUCUGUACUUAUAACGCACGUACGCUUGCAUCGGAAGCGGCCAUGGAAGAUCUGAUGAUGCAAGCCAAGAAGAUCAAGUACGACGUCAUCGGACUGACCGAGACGAGACGACGUCACCCUCUCAACGCCGUAUAUGAAACUGGAGAAGAACUGUUCUUAGGGACAUGCGACAGUAGAGGUGUUGGUGGAGUUGGCGUCCUCGUCAACACGAGUAUGGCAAAGAACAUCGACUCUUUUGAACAACUUACGACCCGAAUCGGACGUCUGCGGAUGAGAAGAUGUGGCCCAAUACCAGCUUUGACUAUCUUCGUCGUUUACGCUCCAACAUCAAGCUACGAAGAAGAAGAAGUCGAAGCUUUCUAUAUGGACCUGGAGAAGUUCUACCAAGAAGAUCAUGCCUUCUACAAGGUCAUAGUUGGCGAUUUCAACGCUAAGAUUGGCCCAAGAAGAACGCCGGAGGAACUUCACAUCGGGACCCACGGCCUACAAUGGAAUGACCAGGGAGAGAGGCUCUCCGAGUUCAUCAUGACGACUGAGACCAUCCAUGGGAACUCGCAAUUUCAGAAGCCCUCUUCUUUACGCUGGACGUGGGAGCCACCAGGUGGAGGGUACCGUAAUGAAAUAGACCACAUCAUCGUCAAUAAAAGGUUCUGCCUGACGGACGUCGGUGUUGUACCAAAGUUCUACACGGGAUCGGACCAUCGCCUCCUCCGAGGAAGAUUUUCCUUCACAAGGAGAGCAGAGAAAGCCGCCAAGUUCAGCGAGAGAAAUCCCAGGACUACCAUCAACUGGGAUCUCUUCGCUACGCUAGCCGGCUUUUGGGAAGAUUCCGCAAUGGACAACAUCGACGAGGAAUAUGACCGGCUUGUCGAACACCUUCACGACUGCGCGAAGAAGGCUGAGAGUUUUAAAACCACCAAGAGGCGCCUGUCUCUUGAAACUCUUGAGCUGAUACGCCAGCGUGGAGCAGCACGAGCCGCAGGGAACCAAGAACUCACGUCCGAGCUCGCAAGGCUUUGCCGAGAGGCGAUAAAGGAAGACCUUAAAGAGAGAAGAGCAGAAGUGCUGGCUGAAGCUGCAGAGGCGGGGAAAAGCAUCCGCUAUGCCCGUCGAGACUUCGCCAGUCGCAAGACGAGGAUGACUGCUUUCCGGAACCCAAAGGGAACAGCCAUUGCAUCGAGAAGGGGGAUGGAGAAAAUCAUCUACGACUUCUACUCUGAUCUCUUCGACAGCCAUGUCCACUUGCCUCCUCACCAUCUGAGGGAAGAUGGACAAGUCAUUCCAGAGGUUCUCCCGUCCGAAAUACGACAUGCUAUCAUGUCGGUAAGAAAUCGUACGGCACCCGGUCCCGACAGAAUAAGACCAGAACACCUGAAGAGCCUUCCGCCAGUACUCAUCAACACCCUGGCGAGGCUCUUUACACGUUAUCUGUCGGAAUGCAAGGUUCCUAAACAGUGGAAGACCAGCAAGACCGUGUUGUUGUAUAAAAAGGGAGAUCCACAUGACAUCGGCAACUAUCGCCCAAUCUGCCUACUGUCCGUCAUCUACAAGCUCUUUACAAGAGUAAUCCUUAAUAGGAUUGAAAGAGUCUUGGAUGAAGGACAGCCAUGCGAGCAAGCAGGGUUUCGAAAAGGAUUCAGCACGAUUGACCACAUUCACACUGUUUCGAAACUCAUCGAGGUAUCACGAGAGUACAAGAUGCCGCUCUGUCUCACCUUCAUCGACUUAAAGAAGGUUUUCGACUCGGUUGAGACGGAAGCGGUCGUGGAAGCCUUGGACAACCAAGGCGUCCCUACUCAAUAUAUAAAGGUACUUCGAGAGUUGUACAGUAACUUCACGACCGGAAUUUCGCCAUUCUACAAGAACAUCAUCAUUGACGUGAAGAGGGGGGUCCGACAGGGUGAUACAAUUUCACCCAAAAUAUUCACAGCCACCCUCGAGAACGCAAUGCGAAAGUUGGAAUGGGACGACAUGGGAGUGAAGGUUGAUGGUCGGCAGCUACACCAUUUGCGCUUUGCUGAUGACAUCGUACUGGUAACACCUAGCAUCAGCCAAGCGGAACGAAUGCUGACCGAAUUCGACGAAACAUGUGGAUGCAUCAGUCUUCAGCUGAAUCUACAAAAGAUGAUGUUCAUGCGCAAGUCCAUCGAGGAUGUAGUGAAGAAGACCAGGAACACCCGGCUCCGUGCUCACCUCUUCAACACCACCGUACUUCCUGCUUUGACCUAUGCUUCGGAAACGUGGGCAUUUCGCAAGCAGGAAGAAAACGCGGUGAGCGUCAUUGAACGCGCAAUUGAGAGAGUGAUGCUAGGAGUAUCCCGUUUCACGCAAGUGAGGGACGGGAUUCGAAGUUCUCUCCUACGUCAGCGAUCGAAGAUUAGAGACGCCGCCGCGUUUGCCAAGGAAAGUAAAAUAAGGUGGGCCGGACACGUGAUGCGCUUUAAUGACAACCGUUGGACCAGAGCCGUGAGCGACUGGGUUCCCCGCGAUAUUAAGCGCACUACAGGAAGACCGCCGACCCGAUGGUCAGAUUUCUUCACGAAGUCCUUGAAAGAAAAAUAUGAUGCUCUUCGUGUCCCACGCGAAAGGAGGAACCACUGGGCUACUCUGGCACGCGAUCGGGACAAAUGGAAGAAUUACUGGCGCCCGCUCGACCAGUUCGAAGAUCAACGGGAGAUAAUAGGAACGACUACAACAACUACUACUACUGCUGCUGCUACUACUACUACAACUACUACUACUACUACUACUACUCCUACUCCUACUCCUACUACUACUACUACUACUCCUACUACUACUACUACCACUGCUACUACCACUACUACUACACCGACAACAACAACUACUACUAGUACUACGACACCAACAACGACAACGACAACGACGAUGACACCACCAACAACAACAACGACAAUGACGACUACAUCAAGAACCCCGGAAACACCACCACCACCACCACCACAACCACCUACAACAACAACAACAACUACAACUACAACAACCACUACUUCUACGUUAUCAACAACAACAACGAAGCCAACUACAUCCACAACCACAUCGACGAGAUCGACAACAUUAACAACAACAACAGAACGAAUUACAACCACUAGUGCAUUAGUUUCACCAACAUCAUCCACCGCUGUCGAACCGAGCAGCGGUGCCAGUGCGGAAGAAAAAGGAAGUAGUUGGCUUCUCAUCCUUUUGUUGUCGUUGGGCACCGUGGUGUUGGCUGGCGUUGUGGUAGCGUUUCUCAUUACGAAGAAAUUCCCAAAAUUACCGACAUCACGGAAAGGUACCUCGAAAAAGACGAUCGAAAAAGAGGAAAAAUCACUAGAAAAAAGUGGCAGUAGUCAGAAAAAACCUUUAAAAGCGAAUGCUCCCAAGACUGUUAGUGCGAAGAAACCCGCUGUAAAGGCUAAGCAAAAACCGAGUAAAACUAAGAAGCCAGUUCAGAAGAAAAUUGAAAAAGCACCGGCGAAAGACAAUGUGAAAGAGCUGUUGCAACUUUAUGAUAAAAAGAAGGAAACAUCUCAGGGGAAGGAGUCAUCUGAUUUACAAAACACUUCUCCUAACGUUGGAAAAGGUUCAAUAGCGCCAAAUUCACUCCAAAAACAGGAAAUAUUGUUUGGAGGGCUUGUUCAUUUAUAG